ACAGAGACAGACAGAGACCGACAGAGACAGCCACGGACGGAGAGAUCGGACAAAAGAGCGAGGCCCGGAGGACGGAGGGUCAGCCCCAUGUAACGCCGCCGGACCCCCCCUCUAAGGCGGGGGUGAUGUGAGCAGAGCCCAGGAAUGCCUUAUGUGGAUCGACAGAACCGUAUCUGUGGGUUCCUGGAUAUUGAGGAUAAUGAGACCUGUGGCAAGUUCCUGCGGAGAUACUUUAUCCUGGACACCCAGGCCAACCACCUACUCUGGUACAUGGAUAACCCUCAGAACCUGGCAAUUGGGGCAGGAGCUGUUGGAUCUUUACAGCUGACCUAUAUUUCAAAGGUGAGUAUAGCUACACCGAAACAGAAACCAAAAACUCCGUUUUGCUUCGUUAUCAAUGCCCGCUCCCAGCGGUUCUUCCUUCAGGCCAAUGACAAAGAUGACUUAAAGGAUUGGGUUGAGGCCCUAAACCAAGCCAGCAAGAUCACGGUGCCCAAGGGGGGGAGCCUGCCCCUGGCCACAGAACUUGCCAAGAGCCAGGCGGCUCCUCUGUCCCAGGACAAGAAGCCACAGGUGCCCUACAAGACUGAGAUCAUUGGGGGAGUCGUGGUGCAAACGCCCAUUAACCAGAAUGGUGGGGAUGGUGCAGAAGGGGGUGAGCCUGGAUCCCACGCAGUCCUCCGGAGAUCCCAGAGUUACAUUCCCACCUCAGGCUGCCGGGUCCCGUCCGGGCCUCCCCUUCUUAAAAGUGGCUACUGUGUGAAGCUGGGGAACGUGAGAAAGAGCUGGAAACGCCGCUACUUUGCACUUGAUGACUUUUCCAUCUGCUACUUCAAGUGUGAGCAGGACAGGGAACCUCUGCGUACGAUAUUGCUGAAGGACGUGCUCAAGACCCACGAGUGUCUUGUCAAGUCUGGGGAUCUUUUAAAUAGAGACAAUCUAUUUGAAGUGAUAACAAGUUCCAGGACCUUCUAUAUCCAGGCUAAUACCCCAGAAGACAUGCACAGCUGGAUCAAGGAGAUUGGGGCAGCAGUCCAGGCUCUCAAGUGCCGUCCUCGAGAAAUGUCCUUCACCAGAUCAGUUUCUCUGAUUCGGCCUGGAAGCACUCACCUCUCUGGCAUGCCCAACCCUGCUGUGAGCCGAAACCGGCCCCCAGGCGAAGAGAAGAAAGCCCUGUGCAAAGCUCCAUCCACCGCCUCCUCCUGGCAGCCCUGGACACCCAUUCCACAGGCAGAUGAGAAGCUGUUCCUGGCAGAGGAGAACACUGGGGGUUCCACAUUCCUGCCCAGACUUGGGGAAGGGGAAACUGGGGGGCCACAGGGGGCCCGGAUGCGGCACCGGUCGGAGCCCCAGCAUCCCAAGGAGAAGCCAUUUAUGUUCAACCUGGAUGAUGAAAGUAUUCGGACCUCGGAUGUGUAGCCAGGCAUGGCG